GGAACGUUGAUGGAUUUGUCGUUAAUGCGGGCAAUUUUUGGUUUUUUUUUUUUGUUGCGAAUUUCGUUCAAAAUUUGGGAUUUUUGAGCUUCUGAGGAUGUUAGGGUUGGUUGGAUUCGUGGUGGUGGGGGGGUUGGGUCUUCAGAUUUGGGGCUUUGGAUGUGUCUAUGAUAUAAAGUUAGGAUUUUUGUAUGAUUGAUGCAAUUUAGUGUCAUCCCUUAUACUUUUCACACACACACACACACACACACACACAAAACACACAAAGUUUGGGUUUUGAUUCAAUCUAGUCCUUACGUAGAAUAUUAAGGCGUGUCCCUUUUUUCUUUUUCUUUUUUUAAGGGGCGAAAAGUGACUAUUUGAGUUCUUUUAUGAUUCUAGACAUUUAGAGGAAUACGGAGUGAUUUUUUUUUUUUUUUUGUGGUGUGAAUUUUUUGUAAUCUGUGUAUUACUGUACAAGUGAGUGAAAGCAUUAAAUUUUGACUAUGGAAUGAAAUGGUCAAAGCUGCACAUUAAAGCUUGAUUUUCAAUACAUAAUCUCGUAGUUAAGGAUCGCGAGAAAAAGAUUUCAAUGGGGUCAUUUUUUAGCGCGCUGACGAAUAAUGACCAGUCGCGCAAUCAAUCUAAAAGUCCUCAAGUCGAAGCCUGCAAGAGGCUGAGGAUGUCGCCGUCCAUCCAUAACCACGAGAACCCAAGAUUGAUCCCUACUCUCCCCGAUGAGAUCUCAUUGCAGAUCCUCGCGAGAUUGCCUAGAACUUGCUAUUUGAGUGUAAAGAUGGUCUCUCGUAGUUGGAAGGUGGCUAUUGCUAGCUCUGAGCUCUACCAAUUGAGAAAAGAAAUUGGAACAACUGAGGAAUGGCUGUAUAUACUUACCAAGGAGGACGAGGGCAAGCUGUGCUGGCACGCUUUGGACCCUAUUAAUGGUAGAUGGCAAAGGUUGCCACCAAUGCCCAACUUAACGCAUGAAGAGGAAUCAAAGAGGGGCCUGCGGGUAUUGGAUCUUAUGGGCUCAGGAAUCAAGAUUGCCGAUGUCAUCAGAAGCUGGCUCGGUCGGAAGGAUUCUUUGGAUCGGAUGCCGUACUGUGGCUGUGGAAUCGGAGCUGUUAAUGGCUGCCUUUAUGUGCUAGGGGGGUUUUCUCGAGCUUCCACUAUGAAAAGCGUACUGAAAUAUGAUCCUUGUGUGAAUUCGUGGCUGGAAGUGAGCUCGAUGACUACCGGGAGGGCCUUUUGCAAGACUAGCGUAUUGAAUAGCAAGCUUUAUGUUGUUGGUGGAGUGAGUAGGGGUAGGAAUGGCUUGGCCCCUCUUCAGUCGGCUGAAGUAUAUGACCCUGACACAGGCCUGUGGGACCCGGUUCCAAGCAUGCCAUUUUCGAAAGCCCAAGUCUUACCAACUGCUUUUCUGGCUGAAUUAUUAAAACCGAUCGCUACUGGAAUGACUUCUUACAGAGGUAGGCUAUAUGUGCCGCAGAGUUUGUACUCUUGGCCCUUCUUUGUUGAUGUUGGCGGUGAAGUCUUCGAUCCUGAGACAAAUUCUUGGGUGGACAUGCCUGCUGGCAUGGGUGAGGGCUGGCCGGGGAGGCAGGCAGGGACGAAGCUUAGCAUGGUAGUGAAUGGCGAAUUGUAUGCCUAUGCCUUGGACCCAUCUAGUUCUCUGGAUAGUGGAAAAAUAAAGAUAUACGAUCAUCAAGAGGAUAGUUGGAAAGUCGUUUUGGGGAAAGUCCCGGUUCGGGAUUUCACUGAUUCUGAGUCGCCGUACUUGCUUGCGGGUUUUCAUGGGAAGCUCCAUGUGAUUACUAAAGACAUCAACAAUGAGAUUGCUAUUCUGCAAGCUGACCUGCCGAAACAUAUAGAUUCAGAUACAGCAUCGUCAUCUUCUUCAACAGAUUCAGCAUCCCAAGAUCUGGACGCGGCUAUGGAGAGUGAUAUAGAUAUUUGGAGAGUCAUUGCUGCAAAGAGUUUUAAUGCAGCAGAACUUAUCAGUUGCCAGGUCCUAAACAUAUAACUGUUGUAACUAGGAGGAAUAAAGCCUCGUAUGUUGCUGCCUUUGUCAAUUUAUCAGUAGUUAAAAGAGCGCUUUAAGAGUAAGGAGUGUUCUACCUUUUUCAGCCAUGAAGCUGAUACAAAAAGUGCUUUAGGAAAAUGUUUGUAAAUUGAUAUAUAUGUCUUGUUUAAAUAGGCAUUGCAUGUAACAGAUGGUAAAUGCUUUGCAACAGUGAUUCCGCUGAUCAUGCAUGGAAGCUUAUGCAAUCAAUGAGUAUAUCAAGUUUCUUUGUUCUGUAAUGUCAAACACAAUAUCAUAUAUUUCAAAAGGAAGGGACACCUUGAUUUCUGAUGGGGUAUUAACCCAAUUUAUUUCUGUCACUCCAUCCUUGAUAACCAUGGAAUUACUUCUGAGGAAGUCAAUCUUGAAAAGGGCUUUGUUUUCCCUACAAUGAAGCAAUAUUUACGCAUGGAAGGAUAUAGCAGCUGCUGACCUCACAGUUGUCAAUGGACUGAAUUUCUCUGCUCUACUCCAUCUGAAUUGCUUCACAGGUGAAUGUCGAGAGGCAGCAACCUGAGAUCAAACUUACAGCUUGUAAUUUGGUUUCAAACUUUACCUCUUUAUUGGCUUUUCUCAUCCAGAUUCGUUCCUUGAUUUUGUUCAAUGCACUCUUUAGAAGCCACUUAUAGGACAAUUUGCUGGGCCUGACAUCAAUCACCCCGCGAAUAGCCUACAAAUACCAGCUCAGUCGGACCAGUUUGUACAUCAUAGGAUUUAAAUCUAUUUAUAUGGAAGUUCAUUGAAAAAUACAAACCUUGUGACCUUCGUCUGAUAAGCAAGCUAGACCACCAGCUUGCGCUAUGCUAGAUGCUCCAUUGAAGCAAGUGCAGAUGAUGCGAUCAAAGUCCUGCAAGACGGGGAAUCCAUUCGAGUACAAGAGCUCAUCGGGGACCACUGUCCAGCCGAGACGAACUCCGAUCCAGGGAUCUCGUAGAUGGAUUGCGGGCUGUCAUCUGAUAUGUAGGAGGCAUAUGCGGAAUCAUACACGAUGAUCGAUCCAUUCCUCUUCGCAACGUCCACCAAUUGCUGCAGCUGCUCUCUUGAUGCAGCUUGACCGGUCGGAUUGUUCGGUGAGCAGAAGAAGAUGAUGUCGGUCCUCGGAGUUAUCGAGAAAUCAGGAAAAAACAGAUUUUCUGGUGCACAUCUCAUGUACUCGACUCCCUUAUAUUUGCCAGAUUCCUCGAGGACUUCCCCGGUUUGACCCAUUAUGAUGCUUGAAUCGACGUAUGCCUGUUGAUUUAAUGUGCUUCAGGGAGAGGAAACAUUCAAAGAAGCAUCUAAUCACCUGUUGGCCUGGUAUUCAGUACUCGAUCUUUACCUAACGAAGAGAGGAUCGAUUCAGGUCUCGCUGCACCAACCGAGUUGAUGUGAAUUUCUUAUUGUUUCUUCGCAAGACUUCGUGAGAAGUGCAUGUAAAGUCAGAAGACCAAAACUAGCAUUCAUUAAACAAACCACCUUUUAGUUGCUGAUGGCCACAUCAGUUUGAAGCCUCUUCUGAUACUCAAAACUAAAUCUAUGCUUUGAUCAGCUUUUGCAA